AUGUUAAUCCUUGUCUUCAUAAUGGCACCUGUCGAACGACCGCCGGUUACAGUACUUAUUUCUGUGACUGCAAAAGUGGGUAUGGAGGCAGGAAUUGCGAUAUUGGUGAUAGUCGGCACCUGCUCGAACGCGACGACUUCACUGCGGCCAAAUAUUAGCGAUCGACCACUGAUUGGCUCAUCUCCUCCAGAAGAGCGUUACGGUUCGAAUGUGUUGUUGGUCUCAAGCGGAAAAGCGGAAUGGAUACAGCAAAUGAAAGAACGUCUUGGAGCCUCUGGAGGUGCGGGAAAGACGACGACAACACCUGCUCCUGUAGCUGAUGCUCCCUAUAAAAGUCCGAGCGCAAAGAAGCUCGAGCGAGAGGAACGGGAGAAGCAAGAAACAGAUCUGAUCAUAUGGGAUACUCAAUUGUGUUGA